AUGGAGCGAUCAACUACAAGCCUCCAGCCGAGCGACUACACCGUGGGUUGGAUCUGCGCCCUGCCGAUAGAGCUGGCUGCGGCGCAGGAGAUGCUGGACGAGGAACACGAAAUCAUCGACGAUAAAAACACCUGCUCAUACACACUUGGCCGUAUCGGAGACCACAAUGUCGUCCUGGCGACGCUUCCAGCUGGUCAAACGGGUACAAACUCGGCCGCGGCUGUUGCUGUCCAGCUGCAGUCGGAUUUCCCUGCGAUGCGAUUUGGGCUGAUGGUGGGAGUUGGCGGAGGCGUGCCGGGGGUUGAAGAUGUUCGACUUGGUGACGUUGUUGUCAGUCAGCCGCAGUCGAUGCAUGGAGGCGUGGUGCAAUAUGACCUGGGCAAGACACGACCUGGUGGGUUCGAGCGGACUGGCUUUCUGAACACGCCUCCGACGGUUCUUCUUAACGCUCUCGCACAGCUGCAAGCUCGUCAGUUGAGGUACAAAGACAUGCUGUCGGUUCACAUCUCCCGCGUCAAACAUCUGCCUCAUUUCUCUCGUGAGAGCGCUGGAGUUGAUCACCUCUAUGAGGCUACCUAUCAACACGUCGGAGCCUCUACCUGCGACGGCUGUUCAAAACAAAAUCUCAUCGACCGUCCUGUCCGCAACGGGCCAGGGGUCAGGGUCCAUCACGGUACGAUCGCAUCCGGGAAUCAAGUUAUGAGAGACGGCGUGGCUCGAGAUAAGCUCAGUGAGGAGCUUGGCGGUGUUCUCUGCUUCGAGAUGGAAGCUGCUGGGCUCAUGAACCGGUUCCCGUGCCUCGUCAUACGGGGAAUCUGCGACUAUGCCGACUCACACAAGAAUGCGAGCUGGCAGCCCUACGCCGCUCUCACUGCCGCUGCCUACGCGAGGGAACUGUUGUCUGUGGUGCCCGCUGUUCGAGAUCCUCCAAUGCUGAGCGAGAUGUUUGGUAAGGUCCUCAACUGUCCGAACUUGGCCUUGGAAAAUCCUAGUAACCUUCUCUCUUAG